AUGCCAACUGUACAGCCCGUAACAUCUGGUCGACUGAGUGAUAAUUUUCUGAAGGACCACACGGAGAUAAGAGAGAAGACUUUCGGAACACGCGACCAUCAUUUUGUUUGCAUUGACCGAGCGCAUCCAUCGUCGUCAGCGAUGCGCUCAGUUUUCAGCACCUUCCUUGUGAUUGUCUUGCUCGGUUGCAUCGUCGAGUCUAAGAUAUAUCGUUGUAAACGAUCGUCACGACGAUGUGGACGUAAUGAGGCACCUACUACUGCCCCAGAAUCUCAGGAACGCCCACGAGUGAUCUGGUCCUCUGAUGGUAAAAUCGGCAACAGGUAUUUCGAAUCUGAUGGAAGAUACUUCGUAGAAAUACAGGAAUUGGUGCCGAUUCCUGGUGGUAAAUAUCAGAUCGUCAAGAAAGUGGUCGAGACUGGACAGCCACCUAAUGUUCCACCCGAUCAAAGAGAGUCACCUGCCGGAACACAUCCUGACCAAAGUGGACAGCCUGGCUCCUAUCAUCCUGUCUUGGGCGACCGUCCCGAUUCUUCAGCUCCUACCCAUUCACAUUCUCCUGACCAGGGUCCACCUUCUUAUCCAUCUCGUGACCAGGGUCCACCUUCUUAUCCACACUACGGAGGAGGUCAGCCACACCAUCCUCAACACUAUGGCAGAGGAGAUAGUGAGACUAUGCCGCCAGUUCAAUACGACGAAACGUGGUACGAGCCACCAGGCCAGACGUCCUACCCGAGACUGCUGUUUUCACCCCAUCAUGGCUGGCGAGAGAUGAACGAGGACGAAGUACGAAGAGUCAGGCGGAUUCAGCCGCUCGCAGAUUAUGAUCCACUGCUGUCAAGCCCUGUCGAUAGACUGCCCGAUCAAGAAGGUAGAGGUCAGCCCAGCGGCACUGGUGAACGUCGACCCUAUCCUCACGAGAUGCAUCGAAUUCAUGACCAACACCCUAGUCCGCAGCAAGGAUAUCCAUCUACGGGCUCGCAUGGGCAUUAUCCCGAUCGCGCACAAUAUGCGGGCAGACAUCCUGGCUCAACUCCCGAGUCAUCCGAAGAAGAAGUCAACCCAACCGUAGAGCGCAGAACAGACAAUCACGGACGAACAUGGAUCCUGCGAGAAGGACGAUGGCAUCCUCUUGAUGGCAGUGAAAAUAUGGAUCACCAACAUGAAGCUCCCCCCGCAGCAGAACAUGAGCAUCGCAGACAUGAACAGCAUGAGGCUCCCCCGGGAGCAGAAUAUGAGCAUCGCAGAGGUGGCCAGCAUGAGGCUCCCCCAGCACCAGAACCUGAGCAUCGCAGAGGUGAAUGGGUGUUCCGAAAUGGAAUGUGGCAUCGUGACCCGCAGCAGCAGGAUCGAAAUCUAGGCAGUGAAAUUGAUAUUCCAUUGAAUCGGAAUGAACCGGAAAGAUCCAGAGAUGGCUGGGUGAUGCGUGAUGGAUCCUGGCACUACGAACCAACUCAGCCAGCCCAGAAUGAAGUGCAAGACGCUGGCACUCCAGCUGAAGGAGAAAAAGUUGGAGACGGUUGGGUACUUAGAGACGGAGUGUGGUAUUACGAACCUCAGGGCGGAACAACGACUCGUCCACCACCACAGCCUGAAGCCGGUAGAGCCGGUGACGCUUGGGUUCUACGAGAUGGAACAUGGUAUUAUGAGCCUCAGAACCAUCAGCCAUAUGCCCGCCUUCCUGGUGCAGCUUAUCAUGAUGGAGUUGGGCAGUGGGAAUUCCACGAUGGAUCAUGGCACUUUGUUACUCCCCAUCAUGGAAGUCAUGCUCAUGCAGGAGGAGUGGAAGGUCAUAUGACUCACGUUGAUCAUGAUGAUAGGAUGGGAAAUGUGAGAAGGGUUCACGUCCCGAACCAUGACCAUGGAGACCAUGGCAGUAGACUCGUGGAAAAGGUAGUGAAUUUGGCAUCAGGUUCGGGAGGUGACGUGAAUAAGAGCAAUGAUACCUCCAUUGACUAUCGAAACUGGUCCUAUUCGUAUUAUGAGCAAGGCGGUGAUGGAGAAGCCGAUGCCGAAAUGUUCGAAUCUGACCCUUCUGAGGGAAGUGGUCAGCAACCAUCCAACCGUCUGGAAUCUCCCCAAUUCAUCGAACAAGGAAAUAUGGCCGCAGUCGUAUAUCCCGAUGAAGGAGCAGCCGAACCAGGCAAAUCUUAUUCAUCCUAUUUCAUUAGGGACGGAGACGUUGGUGCAAUGGUCUACACUGAAGGUGGGGUCGAAGAGAAUCAAAAAAUAGCCCAAGCCAGUACAGAUGAAGGUUUCCCACCGAAUGGUCCCAAUAUACUCUCUGUCGAAGAUUUCAAACGUCUACAACCAUCAUUGUCCUCAAUAGUACCUAUGCAAGUAGGCGCUGCACAUCUUUCCUGUGAUGGUGUGGGUCCUUCAGACGAAACAGAAGAAUAUUGGUUGAUUAGGACCACACCAUGUGGAGAUAGUUCUCCAGAAGGUCGUAUUCUGAUGCCGAAUGGUGACAUUUUGAAAUUCUACGGUUAUCCAAAACUCGUACGUGCAUAG